AUGUCCGACUCAGGCGCCCAGGACCCCGCUGCCGAUCAUCAAUACCUGCCCGCUGCCAUAAAGGUGGAGAGGGAGGCAGAGGUGUGGAGGGAUGUGCUGGACUUCAAGGUGCACCAGCAGCUGGCCGCCGGCGACCAGGACGCCGGCAGCGGAGGCAAGCGCUCCAGCAGCUGGGAGAUUGUCGACUGCUCGCACGCGUCGGAGUGUGGCAGCCCCGCCAGGACCCUCCCAGGCAGCGAAUUUGGGGUGCUCGAGCACGCUGGGGGGCAGGCAGAUGUGGCACCGGACUUUCAUGAGGCACAUGCCAGGGCGCUGGUUGAACUAGAGGCGCUGGAAGCGGCAGGGGAGGAGGGCUUGGCUCUUGGCAGCGCCCCGCGUGGCUCCACACCACUCCCUGUAUCAACAGACGAUGGCCAGCUCAAGGCUCCCCAACCAGCGCAAGUACUGAGUGUGUCCAGUGACAGCAGCUGUGACACUCCCCUUGCCUCUGGCCACCUUGGCAAACACCCUGUUGAGUGCCUGAAAGCCAAGGAAGUUUUGGAAGUGCAGUCACUCACAGAUGAGUCGAACCCCGCCAUCGAGGUUGGGGUUGAUGGGGAUGGAUACAGUUCUGCUGAAGAAGUACAGGGCUUGGGGACUCGCCACACGAAGUCAGAGCCAGACAGCCAUGAGGCGAUGGUGGACCUGCAGGAGAUGUCACAGGAGGGGUCGCUGGAUGGCAGCUAUUGGCCAGAGUGCGUGGGAGUCCAGGCUACUGAAGAGCUUGAGGUGGCAGUGGGGAAGUCCAUGCGGGGCGUGGACAGCUUUGUGGACGUCGGGGCUGCGGAGGGUGCCUUCAGCGAGAUGUCUUUUGAGAGCCCAAAGGGUGCGCAGAGUGGUGGCGAGCAGACUUUGGUGCCUGAUGAGUCCCUGGGGAUGGAGGAAGUGGGGUCGCACGCGAAGGCGGGGCCCCAAGAGGAAGGCAAGGUUGCACCCCAGGUGGAUGCGAAGUCUCUGAAGGGUGCGGCAGAGGUGGCUGGGGGGCUGUUCUGGCUGUCCCCAAAGAUGCACCGGAUAGUGCAGCGCUGCACUGCAUUGGCGAUGGGCCUCCUGCCGAAUGGGACAGGACCCCAGCUGCUGAGCAUGGUCGAGCUCACUGUGAGCCGUGUGGACUGGAAGGGGGUGGCCUACGGCGCCAGCUUGGCGAUGCUGUCGGCUGUGAUCGUGGGCCUGUUGGUUCAAAACAGGAGGCUCAACAAUGAAGUCAGGAAGAAGCAAGAGGAAGUGACGCGCCUCAUGAAGGCUGUCAUGAACUUCCAGGAGCUGUGGUCAAGCCAUCGCUCAGGAAAGAUGCCAAUCCUCCGUCACACCAAUUUCACCAAUUUCCCACCAAGUCACCACCCAUUCUGA